UUGACAGACCCUGGAUGAGAACGAUCAUAACCUCAACCACAGAGUACUUUUUGACCUCAACGAUUUUCCAUUUUCACGCGAAUUCGUUUUAAUUUUGCGACGCAUAAGUGAUCUGUUUAUUGAAACAAUUAACGCAGAAAAUCCUUAUUAAAUUUCCUUGGAACGAAGCCUAUCAUAGUGUAAUAAAUAUAAACCAAAGGCAAUCGUGUGUAAAUGUGGUGUCAAGAUUUUUCAAGAUGUACGCUGUGCAGUAAGGAGUGACUAAAUUCUGUAAUUCGUUUAUAUUAAGAAUUACAUGAAAAGUUUAAUGUUUAAAUGACAUUAAUAAAAAAAUAUACGAAUUUAAAAUGGAUACUAAAAGUCUUCAUUCCAAGCAUCCAAAAAAAAUGAAAGCCAGUAAGGACAAACAGGAAGUGUUUGUGCUACCUCCGGACAUUUUGAAAAAACUGGGUAUCAACAUAGACAACACAGAUUCUAGCCAAAUAAUUCCUCCGGAUGUGAACACAAACAGUUUCUCAAAUUCUGAAAUAUCAAGUGCAGAAAAUGUACCUGCAUCAACCUAUAGUCCAAAACCAUCUGAUACUUCAAUUUUAGAAACUGCGAGUUUGAUGAUGAAGUCGGUUUUCUUGAGCCCAACUUUUAUUCCCACCGUUGCAAAUGUAACUGCAGGUGAAGUUGAACUUUUAAGCAAUAAUAAUAUAGAGGAGACUUUUAUGUCAACUGAUUCAGUUGAGCCACAAACUCCUAUUUUAAUUCCUGAAGUGAAUAACAAAGGUGCAGGUGUACCUGACUCAGGUGAUAUUCUAGGACAAUGUUACAUGGUAGGCCUAGAUCAAUAUAACACCACUCUAAAUGGAGAACAUAUAAGUGUGUCAAAAACUGAUGAAGGGUACUUAGAUAAACAUGUUGAUGGAAAUAAAAUACAAGAAGAUAAUAAAAUGACACUUAAUGAAAUUCCCAGUGAUAUGGGAAAUAGCAUUGAUAACGUGGAUGGAGUAUAUAAUGAAGACUUGUUAAAGGAUCUUUGCAAUAAAGAAUUGAUUGCAACAGGCAGAAAUUCUCCUUAUAUUUCUUCUAAUGAUGUUGAAAUGGGAAAUCCUGCCCCUAAGCCUGCACCUAAAAUAAACAUAGUUUCUGAAGAAACCAUUGCUCUGUCAGAACUUAGAAAGCUCAAAAGCACCCAGUUUUCAAAUACAAAUACACUCACUCCAGUUACUAUUAGUAGUAUAGUUGACACUAAAAUGAAUAAUGCUCACAGACAAAAUGUUAAUAAUAAACAGUUAAAUAAUUAUGAGAUAUCACAUUCAAAAAAACUUGGAAGUGAAGAGAAGGUAAAUAAAUUAAACCCUAAGCUUAGUAAUGAAUCCAUACCAACAAAUCCUACACCUAGUGAUUUUUUACAGGGGAUUGAUACAGAAAAAGAAGUGAUAGGUAUAGGUGGGAAUUCCCCUCCACAAAAGGAAUCAUGUGAUAAAGUCAGAAAAAUCUCAAAUGAAAUUAUAGUAACUGAGGUACUACCUGAUUGUCAAAUGAAUGGUCAUGACAGUUAUGCAGAAGACAAUACACCUGCAAAUUUGAAAUUAGUUAAUGAUCUUGACAUAAAUGUAGAAGGUCUUGUUAUUGAUAGAAAUUCAAAGACAACAGAAAUUUGUAAUGGACGGAUAGAUGACGAAGUGGCGUCUAAUAAAAAGGAAAUUCUUCCUGAAAUUGAAUGUAGAUGCGAUAAUAAUAAUGAAGGAAAAUCUGAUAAGCAAGAAGAAACAGUUAUUGAAAAAACCGAGACAGAUAAUGUACAUCAAAACACUGAAAUUAAAUCUAAUCGCAAGGAAAGUAGUAAUUUAAAACAAAGUUUUAAUGAAGAUUGCAGUGUAAAAAACAAAUCUACUAAAAUAAAAGAAAAUAAGUUGGCUAGUAUGUUAAUUGAAACCAAAAAUCUCUCAGAUAGCAAUGCAGAUAAAAAAAUAGACAAAGUAAAGGAGAUAGCUGCAUAUUUAAGGAAAUUUUCUCACAUAUAUACUGAUAAAAAGAAAACUAAAAUGGCCCUUAAGAAUGAUGUAAUGAGGAAAGAAGCAAUAAAUUCCAAUAUUAAUACGACUGAAUCAAAAUUAUGCAUUCAAGGUGUUGAAAAGCCUGGUGGAACAAAUAUUGAUAGUGAACGCACUAGUGAUUGCAAAGUUAUGAAAACGUACACUAGGCGUAAUCCUGUGAAGACAACUAAAUCGCACACAUCUAUAAUACGUAAGACUGAGACAAUCAUCGUAGAUGAUGCCCAGGAGUACACACUCCAUGCAGUAAACAUUUUAACACCAAAUCAAACUCAACAGUUUUGUUUAUGUUUUGAUUUUGGACACCUAUCUUAUUACGAUAAUGAUAAUUUGUAUGAGCAUAUACAUUUCUGGCGCCAUAACACAGCAAAUUGUGACAUGGAUGUAAUAUUUUCCAUUUACAAUGAUGAGAUAGAGGUUAAAAAUGAAACGUUAGUAGAUACAGAGGAGAAGACUGAUGAAAAUGAUGAAACAUAUAAUGUUUGUUGUAAUAUUUAUUCUAAAGAAUAUUCGGAUCAUUUAGAUAAUUGUGAUAAUGAUGCUGUACCAUCCUUAGAACCUGAACAUAUUACUCAUGAUUCGAAACAUGCGGAUGCUGUGGAUACUCCACAAGUGUCUGUGUUGAAUAAUGAAUCGCCGAAAGCAAAUCCGCCGAAAGCAAAUUCGCCGAAAGCAAUUUCGCCGAAAGCAAUUUCUCCGAAAGCAAAUUCGCCGAAAGCAAUUUCGCCGAAAGCAAAUUCGCCGAAAAAAAUCGAUCAAGCUGAAUCUACAACUAAUUUAAAUGUGGAUGAUGUUAUAGAAGUUAUGGAUGAAGGUGUGGUUGAUAAAGAUGAACUGGACAAAUGUGUGAACAUAAAAGAUUCAGAUGAAUCUUCCAAUACUGAAUGUAACGAAAGAGUCGUAGCUGCGACAGCUACUGCAUCUGAAAGUGACUGCAUUAAUCCCAGCAAGAGCACAUCGCGUCUGAAUUCAACAUCUGAUUGCGCAGUAGAGUCGUCAGAGGCAACUAUGGUAAGUGAUGUUCACAGGAAGAAGCGCAAAUUGCCGUCAUCAGUAUCGAUAACUAGUGAUGAGCCAUCUGUUAAGAAAAAAAUUAAGUGUGGGGUAUGCAACGGCAUAUUCUCUGCAGCGGACUGGGACAGCCAUGUCGAAACUCAGCAUGAUCUAAUUGCUUGGAAGGCGGGUACUACCCUUAAUUUAGAUGACCCCGAAUUGAAGAAAAAACUCAAAGAAAAAAUUAAAUCAGUUGGCCUACAGAAGUGUAGUCUAUGCAGCGUGGAAUUUAAAAAAUUUAACCGGUUCAUAGAACAUGUUAAAUACUGCAUUCAGAAUAAGGGAAAUCAAAAGCCAGAGAAGCCUGCCCGCAAAUCAAGAAUAGUAGCAGAUGAGAAAGUGACUUGUGGUGUCUGUCAGAAAACCCUGUUGUCUUCCAAUUGGUUAGAGCAUAGCGGUAGGAGCCACAACUACUUGGCUUGGAUUGAUGGACAAGACACCUUAAAUGUGGAAAACGAAUCAGAUGUUAGGCAGCACCUGCAGAAUAUUAUUCGAAUAAAUGGAAAGCUGACUUGUUACAAAUGUGGCUUAUCCCGCAGCCGUGUCAAGUUGUAUCUAGCCCAUGUGAAAACUUGCGACGGUACUGGGAUAUCCUUGGAUGACACCUCAACCACUAUCGAAUUAGAUUGUUCAAGUAUUCUAAACGAAACCGUGGAAGAACCUACUGAAACCGCAAAUGUUAAAUGUGGUGUUUGUCAAAAUGAUGUGGCAAGAACUGAAUGGCUAGACCACAUAGCCAAGGAACAUACAUAUUUGGCCUGGCGUGAGGGAGAGACACCUUUAAAUGUGGACGAUGAAGAAUUAGUGUGCGAAUAUUUGAAGCAGUUAAUUAGACAGUAUGGAGGGUUGACCUGUCAUAAAUGCGGCUUGGUGCGUAAACGCGGUAAAUUGUACUUAGCUCACGUUGAAACCUGUGAUGGAACUGGCCAAGCCGAUAUUUCGUUAGCUAAUACCAGUCUGAAUACUACAACUCAAUCGACUGAUGUAUGGAUCGAAGUGCCAGUCGAAGGGGAAGAGAGGAAAGUAGUGAAAUGUGGUGUUUGUUCCCAAGAGGUGCCUAUCGUAGACUGGAUCAAGCAUAUAGGCAAAGAACACGACUAUCUGGCGUGGCGAGACGGAUCUACACCACUGGACCUGGAAGACGAGCUCGCAGUAAAAUCCCACCUCCUUGACGUAUCGAGGCAGGCUGGCGGCCUCAUGUGCAACAAAUGCGAGAAAAUUAUAAAGUACCCCAAGGUUUAUGUACAACAUAUAAAGGAGUGCAAUACGGGAUCACUCGACUCUCGUAAGUUAGACACUUCAUCUUCAAGCAGGAUUGAUUCAUACAGUCAGAAUAAAGUCAAAGAUGAGAUACUGACUUGCGGUGUGUGUGCGAGUAAGGUAGAAAGUGCUCUAUGGAUAAAACAUAUAGAAAAGAACCAUCAUUAUAUCGCCUGGGUAGACGGCGAGACACCGAUUGAUAAAGAUGAUUCUGCAAUGGUACAAAAGCAUCUGUACGAUUUGUCCAAAAUCUUGGGUGGUUUGGUGUGUACGAGUUGUGGACUGAAGAGGAAGUAUGUCAAGUCCUACCUGGAUCAUAUCGAAGUAUGCGACAAGAGAUAUAGCAACGACGAUACUGUGUACUCGGAACACGAAAUUGUUGAAUGUGCUAGAUGUUCUGAGAAAGUGCCACAGAAAGCUUUUCGGAAACAUGCUAUGAAGGAACACUACAACAUUGCCUGGGCGGUUGGAGACAACCCUAUAGACCUAAAUAAUCCGUAUGUUGUUGAAAGCUAUUUGAAAGAGUAUCACCACGCGAACAACAGACUAGUUUGUAAGGUGUGCCGUAAAAGCAGAGUGUCUUAUGUCGGCUUCUACGCUCAUAUCAUAGCCUGUGGUAAAACUGAAGAGGAAACGGAUAUGUACAAAAAUGUAUGCGAUUUAUGUAACAAUAAGUACCUGAUUAUAUACAAAAGUCAGCAUAUGACCAUGCAUCGAGAGAAGGAGUAUGCUUUGGAACGCAAGCAACUCGCCCUUAAGGAAGAAGAAAUGAAAAAAGAGGAACCUUUGGAAGUCACGCCGACUGGACGUAGAAGGGCUGCUGAAAGGGCAAAGACCGUGAUAGAAAAGUAUAAGAACUGCCUAGAAGAUGGAAGUUACCACUGUUCAAAAUGUGGUUUCAAUUCGGAAAUUGAAAGUGAACUGACAGAUCAUGUAUGCGUAGAAAACAAAUGGGUUGACGCAUCAGACUCUGACGAUUCGGUUAAGUUAGAAAACUGUUCUGACGAAGAAUCUGAAGAGUCUGAUGUUGAUUCUAACGUGUCAGACGAGGAACACCUGGAGCGCGAAGAGACUCCUAUUAGGAAGAAAUUUUCACCAGAUUCAAGUUAUAAAGAGAGCACAAAAGUAAGUCGAAUACCAUACCAAAUCAAGGAUAUUAGUAAAUACAUGAAGAAAAGCGCUGAAGAAUUUUUUAAAACUUAUUUAACUGAUGAGGAACUAUUUACGCAAUGGCGUCAUUGUGAAAUAGAGGAAGUGUCAGGAACUGAGUUGGUUAACUGUAUGCCACCCGUUGAGGAGUCCUGCAAAGUUAGAUUCGAUGAGACUGAUGAUUGGAAGACGUUUAAACGACUCGAAGCUGAAAGACUCAAAGACAGGGUCGUAAUGUUCCUGGGCGCCAGUAUCCAGUGCAUGCGCUGGGCCCCCGCGACAUCAGCAGCAGUCUCCCACUACCUGGCCGUGGCCACGCAUCGCGACGCCGACACGCCACGUCUAGGCGCCGACGUCACCCACUCCGGCCCUGGAUUGCUACAAAUUUGGGAUUGCGGGGAUGUAGUUAGGGAUAAACCACGGUUUGCCUUAGGUCUUGUACACGACUUCGGGACAAUAUGGUCGAUAGACUGGUGUCCGUCCGGAGCGAGGGACGCAGACGAUGUCACUCCCGAACCGAACCGAAUGCACAGACUAGGCUUACUAGCUGCAGCUUGCUCUAACGGCGCAGCUUACAUCUUCGCUGUGCCUUAUCCAUCGUCUAUAACGGAAAAAGAGAAUCCAUUUUAUAAACUAAAGCCGAUUGUGGAAUUGAGGCUAGCAAGUAAUGAAAGUAGAAAAGUAUAUCAAGCUACUGCCGUCAAGUGGUCUAUGCAAAGAGGUCAUUCUCACGUAGUGGUCGGAUAUGCAGAUGGGACGACGGCAUACUAUGACCUAAACGGAGAUUCGCCAUUGCUGCGGACCACAGACAAUAAUAUGACAGUAUUUUAUCCAUAUCACGAUGAGCGCGUUCUAAACUCUUGUAUAGAAGACGUGGACAUAUACCCUUCCGGCGCGGGGUUCCACCGCGCGGGCGGCGCGGUGGUGGCGGGCAGCGCGGGCGGCGCGGGCGCGGGCGCGCUGCAGUCGCACGUGCCCGCCGCGCGCGUGCUGCACCCGCCGCACUGGCCCGCCGCCAUGCUGGCGGGGGACGACUGUCUAGGUAUGUACUGUCAGUGUAGCUGCUCUAUAUACCCUCCGCGCGGGCGGCGCGGUGGUGGCGGGCAGCGCGGGCGGCGCGGGCGCGGGCGCGCUGCAGUCGCACGUGCCCGCCGCGCGCGUGCUGCACCCGCCGCACUGGCCCGCCGCCAUGCUGGCGGGGGACGACUGUCUAGGUAUGUACUGUCAGUGUAGCUGCUCUAUAUACCC